GGAGCUGUCGCCGUCGAGGGCCGGUUUCGGGUGUUUCCGGAAGGCAGGCGGAACUUCCCGAAGCCCGGCGGAGGCGGCCAUGUUGGGAGCCGCCGCCGCUGUGUGUAGCUGAGGGGCGGCGAGCUGAGCUCGGGCACCGGCGGUGACGGAGAGACGGUGUCCGAGCCCGGCUUGGGAGGCGCGGCGGCCUCCGCCCGGCCCUAGACUCGCUUCGGCGGCCCGGUUCCCCCCUACUUCGGCGUUCCCGACCGGUGCGGCCUAGUCCUCGCGCCUCAUCCCCGGCCUCGCGUGAUCCGUCAAGCCGGGCACCCCGCACCCUAGCCCGGCGGAGCGGGCACCCCAUGUAGAGCUGGUGCUGGUGCCUUCCAGCUGCCCAGGGAGCCCCAGUUCCCCCAUGCUGGUGGCCUGGCCGCCCCCCUCGUCGUGAGGAGGAGGAGGAAGAAGAGGAGGAGAAGGACGACCACCCCCUUCCAGCUGGGGCAGGCCGGAGGAGAAGAGGAAGGAGCCGAGCAGCUGGGCCGGGGGCGCCCCCUCGGGCCCUGCCAGCGGGAGCCAUGUCGAACAGCGGCCGGAGCCCCCUGCCGACCCUCCCUGAACGCGACACGGAGCCGCCGGCCUUGGGACAUCCGGAGUCCAAGCCCAGCACAAAGUCCAACAUGCUGCGAGGCCGCACCCCGGCCACCUCUGCUGACGAGCAGCCGCACAUCGGGAACUACCGCUUGCUGAAGACCAUCGGCAAAGGCAACUUCGCCAAGGUCAAGUUGGCGCGGCACGUCCUAACGGGGAAAGAGGUGGCGGUGAAGAUCAUUGACAAGACACAGCUGAACUCAUCCAGCUUACAGAAGCUCUUCCGGGAAGUGCGAAUAAUGAAGGUUUUGAAUCAUCCCAACAUAGUUAAAUUAUUUGAAGUCAUAGAGACAGAUAAGACACUGUACCUCGUCAUGGAAUACGCCAGUGGAGGCGAGGUGUUUGACUACUUAGUAGCCCACGGAAGGAUGAAAGAGAAGGAAGCGCGUGCAAAAUUCCGACAGAUAGUGUCUGCUGUGCAGUACUGUCACCAAAAAUUCAUUGUACAUAGAGACUUGAAGGCCGAGAACCUCCUCUUAGACGCCGACAUGAACAUUAAAAUCGCCGACUUUGGCUUCAGCAACGAGUUCACGUUUGGCAACAAGCUGGACACCUUCUGCGGGAGCCCCCCGUACGCCGCGCCCGAGCUUUUCCAGGGCAAGAAGUACGACGGGCCCGAGGUGGACGUCUGGAGCCUGGGGGUCAUUCUCUACACACUGGUCAGCGGCUCGCUGCCCUUUGACGGGCAGAACCUCAAGGAGCUGCGGGAACGGGUCUUGAGGGGGAAGUACCGGAUUCCCUUCUACAUGUCCACAGACUGUGAGAACCUGCUGAAAAAAUUCCUCAUCCUCAACCCUAGCAAGAGAGGCACUUUAGAGCAAAUUAUGAAAGACCGCUGGAUGAAUGUGGGGCACGAGGACGACGAACUGAAGCCUUACGUGGAGCCUCUGCCCGACUACAAGGACCCCCGGCGGACAGAGCUCAUGAUAUCCAUGGGAUACACGCGGGAGGAGAUCCAGGACUCCUUAGUCAGCCAGAAGUACAACGAAGUCAUGGCCACAUAUCUGCUGCUAGGAUACAAGAACUCCGAGCUCGACAACGAUAGCAUUACCCUGAAGCCACGCCCCCAGCCCGAGCUCACCAACAGCAUCGCCCCCUCGCCCUCGCACAAGGUGCAGCGCAGCGUCUCGGCCAACCCCAAGCAGCGCCGCUUCAGCGACCAAGUGCCCACCAUCCCGACGUCCACCUCGUACUUCAAGAAGACGCAGGCGGCCAACGCAGAGAACAAGCGGCCCGAAGAGGAGCGGGAGGCGGGGCGGGGCGGAGAGCGCAAAGCCAACAGCACCGUCAAGGUGCCCGCCAGCCCGCUGCCCGGCCUGGAGAGGAAGAAGAGCACCCCCACCCCUUCCACAAACAGCGUCCUCUCUACCAGCAGUACGAACCGGAGCCGAAAUUCGCCCAUGCUGGAGCGCGGCAGCUUGGGGCAGAACUCCAUCCAGAACGGCAAAGAUAGCCUAACCACUCCGGGCUCCAGGGCCUCCACUGCUUCGGCUUCCGCCGCCAUGAGCUCCGCGCGCCCGCGCCAGCACCAGAAAUCCAUGUCUGCCUCGGUCCACCCCUCCAAGCCCGCGCUGCCCCCCUCCGACACUAACUGUGAGGCGCAGCGACCCAGCACCGCCCCCCAGAGGGUCCCUGGUGCCUCCCCUUCGGCCCACAACAUCAGCAGCGCCCUCCCCGAGUGCACCAACUUCCCGCGGAGUGUCCCCAGCCGCCGGACCUUCCACGCCGGGCAGCUCCGACAGGUCCGGGACCAGCAGAACCUCCCCUACGGCCUCACGCCUGCCUCGCCCUCCGGGACCAGCCAGGGCCGGCGCGGUGCCUCCGGAAGCCUCUUCAGCAAGUUCACUUCCAAGUUUGUGCGCAGAAAUCUGUCUUUCAGGUUUGCCAGAAGGAACCUGCAUGAGCCCGAAAGCAAAGACCGCGUGGAGACGCUGAGGCCUCACAUGAUGGGCGGCGGCGGCGGCGGGGACAAGGAGCAGCCGGACGAGAACCGGGAGGCCAAGCCGCGCUCGCUGCGCUUCACCUGGAGCAUGAAGACGACCAGCUCCAUGGAGCCCAACGAGAUGAUGAAGGAGAUCCGGAAAGUGCUGGACGCUAACAACUGCCAGUGCGAGCUGCAGGAGAAGUACAUGCUCCUGUGCAUGCACGGGGCGCCGGGCCACGAGGCCUUUGUGCAGUGGGAGAUGGAGGUCUGCAAGCUCCCCCGCCUCUCCCUCAACGGCGUCCGCUUCAAGCGGAUAUCGGGCACCUCCAUGGCCUUCAAGAACAUUGCCUCCAAAAUCGCCAACGAACUCAAGCUUUAACAGGCCCCCCCGGGGUGGGGGGGCCCCAGCCUGCACGCACGCAUGGGGUGUGGGGUAGGAGUAAAGCUGCAAUUCCACUCUGGAAGGGUUUAUUUUUUGAUACCCUGGUGCAGGGCGGGGGGCGGCGGGAGCGGGGCGGCUGGCCUGACAGUGUGUGUGGGGGGGGAGAUCCCCUCCUCCCUCCCCUUCUCCUCCCCCCCCCUCCGCCGCCCGCUGCUGGAUCUCCAUGGAGACGGAGUGCGUGGGGUAGUGGCUGGCAGCCACCCGGCCGGUCUCCGUGGCAACCGUGGUGGGAGUGUACCAGGGGCUGUUGGUCUCUAUAGCGACAGUGGUGUUGGGGAGCAUCCCUCUUGGUCUCCGCGGCGACAUGGUACUUUCCUCUCUCUUUUUUGUUGCACAUGAGACAGGGUUUUAAAUUACCAAACACGUUACCUCCUCCUGCUCCUCCUCCUCCGUGUCCUGGUGGCGGUUUAGGGUCUGGGGCACAAAGGCGCAGGGUGUGCGUUUCUGCAAGGGGGAGAGAAGGGGGAAGGCCACGCCUUCCUCAGGGCAUCAUUGCAGGCUGAGUGAAGGGGGGUGUGUGGCUUGGAGGGGACUCCUCUCGAAACCCUCCCGCCCUGAAGCCACGGAGGAGGAGGAGGAGGGUGACGGGAUUUUAGCCAGACACCCCUUGGUGGAGGGAACAAAGAGUGGGGGGGGGGAGGCGCGCUCCGAACUCACACCCAGAGCCCCUGCCUCCUCCACCCUCCCGUGGCUCCUGGGAGGCGCCAGUCGGAGGGGGCUGUCCUGCUCUGCCCAGCCUCCUGCUCCAGAGAGCGAGUCCUUCCCUCUGCCCCGCUGAUCGCCCCGUCCUCUGUGCUGUCCCCCAAAACCCUUUGGCAGAAGCACACACACCCCCGGUGGUGGUGGCGGCCUGCAUGGGGCGCCUCCAGCCUCUUGCCCGCUUCCCGGGAGCCGGCGUGGGCUUGUUGACCUCCGGGCCCUCGUUGGGGGCAGAGCAGUGUCUGCUGCUGGUGCAGCUGCCCAUUCCUGAAGGAUCCAGGGGCCGUGGGGGCCCAGGAGGGAGAGCUGUGGGGUAGAAGCCUGCAGUGGGGAGGACCUUGUGGGCUUCCGCCCAGCCAGGCACCGUGCUUGCUCCCCAGGGUGUCCACCAGAGAUGGGUCCUCUCCUUUGCUGCACCACCAAAGCAGGAGAGCACCACCACCCCCUUUUUAAAGGCCCACAUCUCCCCCCUUCUUUCCAAAGCACAAGAGACAAAACAGGAACCUGGCUGCAGGUACCCCUGCCCUCCCCACCCCUGGCAAACCCUCCUUCCAGCUCCCGUCUUUCCACUUGAGAAUGUAUCCUCGAUCCCUGUUGGGGUGGUUGGGCUCCCCCCCAGUCUGUGCUGAGCUCCCUCAACCCUCCCGCUGUUUCUCUCUCUCACACACAUGCGCGCGCACACACACACACACACACACACACACACAAAUCCGGUUUGUAUAUAACUGUACUGAUACCUCGGUUUUGUGAGUGGUUAAUUUUUGUUUGUUUUAAUUCUGAUCACAAAAAAAAUGCCUUUUUAAAAAGAGAAAAUCAUGUCCCUUUUCUGUCCGUUCCCCGCCCCCCUCUCCCUCUAGGGACGCUGCCGUUGGAUGUAGUUUUACAGGUUAUAGAUUAAAACUUUCCAGAAAGCA